CGAGCGGAUUAGCCGUUGAAAUAGGGCACUGCUAGCGAAAGCUCGCGACCGCCGCAGCCUCUGGAGAAAAUGAUGCGCCGUCUUGCAAAGUUUUAACCGACUUCAGUGCCUUGAGCCUGAGGAUACUGGUAUGGUUUCCCAGGAUGGAAACGGACGACGUGUCGGUUCGAGAGCAACUUUUUCACAACCGCGUCCGGGAAACUAUAAUCUGCAUUCUCCUCUUUACAUGCCUCUAUAUGGUGUGUUACCUUGUUCUCACCCACUUCAAGAAGACUGCUGAGUUCCUCACAGAUGAUAUUGAAGAUGCUACAGUCAAUAAAAUUGCACUGUGGUUGUGCACGUUCACCCUGUCUGUCGCAGUGUGUGCUGUGCUGCUUCUCCCCAUCUCCAUUCUGUCAAAUGAAGUCCUGCUCACCUUUCCGCACAGCUACUACAUGCAGUGGCUCAAUGGAUCUCUCAUACAUGGCUUGUGGAACCUAGUCUUUCUUUUUUCCAAUUUGUCCCUGGUUUUCCUUAUGCCCUUUGCUUAUUUUUUUACCGAGUCAGAGGGAUUUGCAGGGUCCAAAAAGGGAGUAAUGGCAAGAGUGUAUGAAGCGGUUGUGUUGCUCCUGCUGCUGGCUCUGCUUGUGCUGGGCAUUGUGUGGGUGGCUUCAGCUCUCCUCCAUGACAACAUAGCUCGAAAGAGCCUCUAUGACCUGUGGGAAUAUUACCUUCCCUACCUGUACUCGGGUAUCUCUCUGUUUGGAGUGCUGAUGCUUUUGUUGUGCACCCCUUUUGGGUUAUCUCGCAUGUUCAGUGUAACGGGCAGCCUGCUAGUCAAACCACGGCUGCUGGAGGACAUAGAAGAUACUCUGAGCUGCUCCAUGUUUGAGGAAAACUCUCUUCGCAGGAAACUUAACUGUGGAAACAAGUCGUGUUGGUCUAAACUAAACAUGGAGGCUUUGAGACAGGAGUAUCAAACAGUCCGGACCAAGCGUGUAGCACUGGAGAUGCGCAGGAAAGCAUCCCCAUGGCAGCGGAACCUGGGUUACCCUCUGGUGAUGAUGGCACUCCUGGCACUGACGGUGAUGUGUGUUCUAAUGGUUUGUUUUAAUGUACUGGAGUUACUGCUGGAUGAAACGGCUUUGCCCAGAGGAAUGGAGGACCCUCAUCUGGGAAUGGCCUCUUUCUCCAUGUUUGGUUCACUAGGUGCUGCAGUUCAAGUGGUUCUCAUCCUUUACCUGAUGUUGUCCUCAGUCGUUGGUUUCUACAGUUCUUCUCUGUUCUCUGGUCUCCUUCCUCGGGCCAAAGACACCAACCUGACACAGAUAAUUGCAAAUUGUGUUUCGCUGCUUAUUCUGAGCUCAGCCCUGCCAGUCUUCUCUCGCACUCUUGGGAUCACCCGCUUUGACCUGCUGGGAGACUUUGGCCGAUACAACUGGCUGGGGAACUUCUACGUCGUCUUCCUUUACAACAUGAUGUUCGCUGGUCUCACCUCAGCGUCCCUGAUAAAGACCGUCACCUGGGCCGUGCAGAGAGAGCUCAUCCGUGCUUUUGGACUCCACAGGUUGCCUUUGACUGUGUCACGCUCCACGGUGCCCUUCAGACUCCUCCUGGCUAGUGGUCUGUCUAAAAUCCAGUGACUUUGUUAACCUCAGCACUGAGGCUUUUGACCUUUUUAAAAAGAUGAGCCAGUUUUAAUGUGCCUCUGCUGAAUCGACGGCACUGGAAGUCAGUAGAUUCUUGGCUGGCUGGCACAGGAGUUUGGACCUGGAGUCUUCGUCUGCACUCAGUCCAGUGCUUCAUGUUCUGGGUUUGAACCUUUUUUAAAGAAGGUCCAGAUUGGAGCUCCUGUUGUGGAGGUUACUGGACAAGAAAGAAAAGGCAUUCAAACCUUGUUGGUGGGUCUCGCCAUCGCUAGGACCAAUGGGGCCCCUCCAAACACCUAACAGACAUGGCCUCAUAAAGCAGUUGUUUUGUUGACACGUGUAAGUUGGCAGUUAUUUUGAAAUAUUACACUCUAGCUGUGACAUCAUUUCCUCUUUCCUUUUUUAGGUCGCCUGAACGCUUUGUCUUUGUUUUUUUUUUAAGGAGUGUGCCACCAUUUUAAGAUGUGUCUAUCUGUGAAUCUGUGGGUUACACAGGGAACACAAGAUGCAUGUAAUAGUUCUUCAUUGAGCUCCUUUUUUUAAGAGGAGCAACAAAUGUUUUCUGACGUAAUCCCCAAAAAAAACUGCUGUUUUUUGUUUAAAUAAAACAAACAAACACAGGAAUUAUUUCAGAAAAGUUCAAAAAGAAGCUUAACUAGUUAUGCUCAGUAUUUUAGAGUGUGGCGUUCAUGACACACAUUAGCAGGAACUUUUGACAAUCAAACUGUGAAUUAUAUGACCUUUUUGGGAAAGUGCAAUAUUUGAUAUAAACUUUACCAAAAAUGUUCUCAUGUCAGUCUUUUCUCUAUGUUCAGCAUCAUGGUUGUAGUCAUUUCUUGAAUAUUUCACUAAGCUGUGACUGAGGAGCCUCGUGGUAUUCACUAGUGUUUGUUUUCUGAUGGUCACACGAUUCUAUCUUAAUAUUUACUGCGUGUUGGUGAUUUAGUGUUCUUUCACUCUGCUGCUGUCCUGUCCUGCUGCUUUGACCAGCAGAGGACGGUGUUUCUUAAUUCCAACCAGUCUUUUGGUUGUGAGUUUCUAUGGUCAAAAAGUUUAUAUUUGUAUUUUAUACAAAACACAGUUUACAAAUGACUUUUUGGGGGAAUGCUAUUCUGGAUUAUUUUUUAACUGAGGUUUUCUAAUGUGGUUUUAUUGUUAUUUAUGGGCAUUUUAGGGGUCUAUACAUUACAUUUGACUUUCUCAGAGUUUUUUUUUUUUUUUUUUGUGAUGUAUUUGAGCCAAAAGAAAAGCCUUUUGUCACUUUUGUAAGUUUGUUUACUUUAAUUUGCUUCAGUGGCUCACAUUUACCUAAAUCAUUAUUUUUCUCCUCAGUUUUGUGACCUGAAAGCAAUAAAAAUAUUUAGAGUUUGUUA